AACUCCCAAUUUUACAUCAAAGUUUGAAUCUUUGUUUAGUUUUUGCAUAGCCCAAGAUGUCAUCGUUUCUACACCAAAGAAGUCUCCACAACCCAUUUUCGAAUCCAUUUCCCGUUUCAGCUCCUUCUUCAACCAAUUCCAAGAAACCCAUUUCAAUUUUUAGCCCCACCAUCCUCCUAGCACUCUUGUCUCUCAUGGUGGUGGUGGGUGUCUUUUGCCCCUGGGUGGGCAUGCCCCAAGGCAUCUUCUUUACUUCAAAACCUGCUAUUUCCAAAUGGGGUCACUACUCAUUGGAACAAGCACUGUCCUUUGUGGCCAAAAAUGGCACUGUGAUCGUUUGUAUUGUGAGCCAACCUUACUUGCCCUUUCUCAAUAACUGGUUGAUAAGCAUCACAAGGCAGAACCGCCAAGACAUGGUCCUUGUCAUCGCUGAGGACUACCCUUCACUCUAUAAGGUCAAUGAACUUUGGCCUGGCCAUGCAGUGCUUAUUCCUCCUGUUCUUGAUGUUGAAUCUGCCCAUAAGUUUGGUUCUAAGGGUUUCUUCAACUUUACAGCCAGGAGGCCAAGCCAUCUGCUGAAGAUUUUGGAGCUUGGAUAUAGUGUAAUGUACAAUGAUGUUGAUAUGGUUUGGUUAGCUGAUCCAUUUCCUAAUCUGCAAGGAAACCAUGAUGUGUACUUUACGGAUGAUAUGACUGCAAUCAAACCAUUAAACCAUUCUCAUGAUCUACCACCACCAGGAAAAAAGGGCCGUCCUUACAUUUGUAGUUGCAUGAUUUUCUUGCGCCCUACUGAUGGAGCAAAGCUAGUUUUGAAAAAGUGGAUUGAGGAACUACAGCUUCAGCCGUGGUCCAAAAGCAAGAAAUCUAAUGAUCAGCCUGCUUUUAACUGGGCUUUAAUGAAGACUGCUAAAGAGGUGGAUUUGUACCUGCUUCCACAGGCAGCAUUCCCUACAGGCGGAUUAUAUUUCAAGAACAAGACAUGGGUCAAAGAAACUAAAGAAAUGCAUGUUAUAAUUCAUAAUAACUAUAUAGUAGGUUUUGAGAAGAAGAUAAAGCGAUUUCGUGACUAUGGCCUUUGGUUGGUGGAUGAUCAUGCGCAUGAGUCCCCUCUUGGUGGAUUAUGAUCCUUGGCAGAUGACACAAGUUUAUCGUCAUCUUUGAUCCAAGCAUUUAGAUUAAGAACAUGCUUUCUGCCAAUUUGUUCAUCCUGCUUGCUCGAUGGAUGUUUUCUGAAGAUAUUAUAACUGUUGCUGUCAACACACACCUUUGGCUGAAUGAUGGGUUGGUAAAUGGCCCUUCGUGUUCAAUUUUGUGAAGAAAAAAAGGUGGUUACAAUUGGUAGAUUUUAUUUCAAGGCUCAAAGAAGAAAAGGGUAGAUUUUAUUUGGUUAUUGGAGUGUACCUGAUGAUAUGCAAUUGUUCAGAAAAAAAUAUGCUUCCACAGUAUGCAAUAGUCAAUUUGCAUACAUAUACGAAAUAUAUGUUCUUUCCCACCCCCUACAUGUAGGAAUACUAAUUGGCAAUUGUAGAGAAUCUAAAGUCAUUACUGGUGGUGUAUUCAAAAAAGAAAAAAAAAAAGUCAUUACUGGUGGCAUG